UUUUGAAGCUCGCAUGUUUUUCAGUCGUCCGGUUUUAACUGCUGUAAAAUCUUCAAGUUUGAGGCGAAAAACGGAUCAAUUACUGCGAACGGGACUGUAUCGAGUAGGACGAGUUGUUGGAAUCAACAGAUCGAAGUUUGACGAGAUUAUACCGCUUGCGAAAGUUUAACCUCUGAGUGAAAUGGCUGCAAUGCUUUUCGGUUGACAGAUUCAUUAACCUUGAAUGUGUGAGGCUGAACUCAUGGAAGCCAGCUGUUAGUGUCAGUGUCUAAGGGAUGACUGUUUCAGUCAGUUUAACAUCUUGUGCUCCUCAAGCUAAAGAGUUGGAGCUGAUGCAGGAUGGAAAAACUCCAUCUGGUGAUGACUUCACUAAGGAAGUGCCUGAUCUAAAAAAUGGCCAAGUUAGGUGUGUCUUGCAGCAAACAGAGGAUCAAAAUUCAUGUCUAGAAAUGGAGGGAAGGAAAGAUAACGGGUCCAGUGAGGAGAUCAAUUCUUCUGGUGUGCCUGCUGCUGAAAAUGGAAAAGCAGCUCACCGGGAGGAAACUCCUGAAAAUAACCAGGAAUGUGUUACUACUAAUAACACAGUGAAGCAAGGAAGAGCUGUCAGUCGUGGACGAAGGAAGAGUGAGAAUAAAGAGUACAAUCCAAAGUCUCAAAAUGGUGGGAGGAAUCGGAGAAGGAAGAUCUCCAAAAACAGGGAUUACGAGAACAGCUCAAGUAAUGGUGGUAAUUCAGGAGCAGAUGGCAAUGGGGAAGAUAACGGAAGUGAUGAUGAUGAUGACGAUGAUGAUGCAGAUGAUGAUGAUGAGGAUGAUGAUGAAGAUGAUGAGGAUGAAGGAGACGAUGAUGAGGAUGAAGGGGAGGAAGAAGAAAGUAAAAAUGAGGAUGAUGAUGAUGACAUUUCAUUAAAUGGAAAUGAUAAGAAUGUAAAACAAAUGAAAAUCAAACAGGAACCACCAGAUGAUCAAGAGGCUCUUCCCAGUGGACUUCAAGGAUUCAUGGCAGGUUUAGAUGGCAACAUUCCAUUGGCAGAUCUGUUAGAAAAGCUUCCCAAUUCCUUGUGUCAAGGUGAUGAAAACAACACUACUCCUGCACCACCUGGUGCCCCUGUGACCCUUCAUGGAAUAGUCUGCCAUGAAAUUGGCGGAGUACUGGUUGUAAACAUCAAGUGGAGAGACAAGUUUUAUUGUGGUUCCCUGAUGGACUGUUCUCGUCAUGCAUGGGCUAGCCCAAGAUUUCCUGCUGUAGAAGGAGGUGAAAAUGAAAUGAAAAUGGGUGGGAAAGGUGGAAAGGGUAAAAGGAGACAGAAAGGCAGUUCUCUAUCGUCAUCAGCAGGAAGUGUGAAUAAAGAAGUCACCCCACUGAAGCACAAACUUCGUGGUCGAAAGAGAGGUGUUUCAGGCUGUCCCCCACCAAAGUCCCAAGGGUUUAAGGGUCUUGGAAAAAGACGGUCAAAAAAUAUAGAUGAUGAUGAUGAUGGCACAUCACGGCCUGGAAAACGAAGCUGCACAAUGAAAACGACAGUGUCUCCUCAGCCAUCUCCAACAUUGAUUGAAUGUCCUGAGCCAGGGUGUGACAAAAAGUACAAGCACAUUAAUGGUUUACGCUAUCAUCAGGCGCAUGCUCACCUAGAGGAGUCCAACCAAUCGGAUGAUAGAUCUGCUAGCACCAGUCCUUCUCCUGUAGAAGAGUUCAAAGAGCCUGAUACAAAAACAAGCUUUAAGGGAAGAACAUCUCGUGUCAGUGCCAGGGCACGGAGCGUGUCACCAUCCCUAGCAGCUGCUAUUGCUUCCAUGAACGAGAAGAAGAACGAGUCCUCUAGAGGAUCAGCUAGCAAGAAAAAGGAAAUCAUAGAAACAUCUACUGAUGCUACAGCCGUAAAGGAGACUAAGAUGUCAAAAUCACCUGUUCCUUCCACUGAAGAAGAUGCUGUUGAGAAAGAUUCUACUGUAUCAUUUGUGGAGAGUUCUGAUAAAUGUCAACAGGCUUGCGAACAUGACAUCAGAUUAGAGAAUGAUAUCCAAGAGAAAGUUGACCAUGUCAAACAAGAAAAUAGCUUCAAGCCCGUUCUAGAAGAGCAGAAAGGUAUCAUUAAGAAUUUGAAGAAAGAGGAGACAAUGAUGUCUAAGGAUGCUUCCAACUCUUCUGUUGGCUUGAUCGCAACACCUAUGUGUGCAGCAACCACAGAUGAAAUACAAGGGUGUGGAAAAGAUACCAUGAAAUCCAAUACUCCACAGGCUAGCCAAGAAGUAUGGGAGACUGUGAUCGACAGUGGGUUUAGUGUGGCAAAUAGUGGCAGUAAAUCCCUGAACCAGGAAGAGAGGAUCAGCAUAAGUCAAGUGGAAGACAUGGAGAAAGUUCUUGUGGAAGGCACUUUUGAUGGCAAACAGUCAAGCAACCAGCUUAGCAUUCCUGGUGUGCAGCCAGUGGAUCUGCGGCAGGCUGUUGACAAAGGAGUUGGGCUAAUUAAUCAGUUAGGCAUUGAAGUUGAGGACAUCAGUGAGACUGAAGAAGACAUUGAUCCUGGCCAAGAUUCUGAAUACACAAGCAAAGAUGUACCAAAUCUGUCCUGCUCUGCCUCAAAUUCAGACCAAACAAAUCCUGGACUGUCUUUUUCUACAAAAGAUAACUUGUCAAACCAGGCCCAAAAGACAGAGGUAACCUCCAACAAGAGUUUUGUAGCUUCUGAUGUGCCUAGAACAAAGCCUGAAACAAACUUGUACUUUAGCGUCAAGGCGGAGGACACUUCUGCUGAAGAGAAAAGGAACAAAAAUUAUAGUGGAAAGUUGUUAUCUCAAUUUGAAAGAAAGAGUGAGUUAUGGCCCUCACAAACUGGUGUUUCUGAGAAGUUAUCUGCACAGACUUAUGUGCCUUUUCAUCAAAAUGCUGAAACAACUCAAACAGUGCUAGAUGACAAAGGCGCGAAAACUUCUGCUGGAAAUAUCUCCAUGGAAGCACUUGUUUCUAAGAGCAUUUCCCGAAGUGCUGUUGAACCACCUCUCAUGAACAGCGAUGCUCCAUCUGCACGAUUUAAAUUUUUUGAGUGCAGAAACUAUGGUGAUGAAAAUUAUGAUAAGUGCAUUAAGACAUCUGAUAUAGAUCAGAAGGCAAAAAUUGACUCCAAAGGUACUCUGGCUCCAAUUAGAUAUCCAGAACUUGUUCGGAAUGGAGCUAUGGUGGAAGUUGCUCAAAAACAGAAUGAUCCUGCAUCAGGUGAGGGUUUUAGGACAGUCUUGAAUGCAAAAUCAUCAGCUGAGGAAGAGAGCAAAAGUGAGGGAAAAGUAACCAAAAACUUGUCUGUUUCUACUGGUUAUACCAGAACUCAUAGUCCAAGUCCAGAAGCAUUUAGUCGGAAUGUGAACCUUCCUGACAAGGCUAGGGUUUCUACAAAAAGCCCCAGGCCUAUUCCACCACUCACUGGGAAUGUGGCAAUGCAUUUAUCUUCAUCAAGACCAGGAUUUGAUUCUAGUACACUCUCUCCUGGUACAUCAUUUCCAAUCAUUAGUACCAAAGUGCACUCUGCUGGGGGAGAAAGGAAAAAUUCAUCAAGCCCCUUUCAACCUGUCAUAGUCAAGCAUGAGUUUCAGCCUUCAGAGACAUCAAAGGGAAUUAAACAAGAAUUCAUUCCAUCUGGCUGUCCACAAUCUGACCCCAGCAACACAUUCACUUCAUCUUCAGUGGAACACAGCAAAACAAUCACAGAAACCAAGGGAGGUUUUGGAUUAAGUGAAAUGGGUAGCAGCAGUAAAAGUCCCCUUCCCAGUCAGGGAAUGGAGGAUCAGGAGAAGUCUUACAAGACAGCAGCCAGAGCUCUGACUAGAACACAUCCUACCUUAAUCUCCAGGGGUGGUAGCUCACUUGGCCCAUCCCUCCCUGUGGGUGUGGCUCAUCCAUACCCCAGAGCUUCAGAUGGGGGUUCAGCUUCUAGUCAUGGGAAAGCAUCAGAUUACAAGACAUCUGCUGCUGCUUCUUCUGUUACAUCAGUCACCUAUACAAGUACUUCUCCCAGAUCUCAAUCUAGUCCACGCGAUGUACCAUCCGAGCUGCCACAACCAGAAAACAAAGCUAAACAACUUCAAACAUUGCAAGUCCCUAUUCCUAUUGGAGAAGUGUCACCAGUGGCAAUGAAGAGAAGUCCAGGACCUGCCAUCCAUUCUGGACUCCCUCAGACUGUCCUCCCAAUCAUUGGCCCAGGAAUAAAAACACAGGGUUCCACCUCAUCCCACCCCAGCAUUCGACCAGGAGUGAAGGCUUCAGGAGUGAAUGAGCCAAUGAAAAAUGAAAGAAAAACUGAAGCUGUGCUUAGAGAGCCAUCACCUUAUUCAGUGUCCAAGUCACCCAUACCACGUUCCCUAAGUACUACCAAGCCCUCUCUAGAAGGGAAAAGCCCACAACAGUUAGCUUCUGGUGCUGGUUCACACCUUAAAAUGAUGAGGGCGCCUGAUGACAGUAGUCAGGAGGACUCAGAGAUUGUAAUUGUGAAAGAAGACCCUGUUGCAUUUGGUUCUUCGAAAGACAAGAUGCUUUUGACUGAAAAGGAGAGGGGAAGAUGUGAUAUCAGGGACUCCGCUACAGAGUUAAAUUUCAGAUCUCAAGAACACUUAUCAGCUGAACAGUUGAGAAAGUAUCAGUAUCAUCAGCAAAUGUUGCACUUUUAUUUGGCAUAUAACUCAGCAGCUCAAGCCCAGCUGCUCUCAAACAUGCCACCAGAACAGCAGAUGCUCUAUCAACAGAUGUUGUUUGAGCAGGAGAAACAGGGAAUGCGCAGCAGCAGCAGUUCAGGUCAUACUGAAACAAGAACGUUUGAGAAGAAAGAAACUCAAAAACCAAGUGACAGAACUCAGGAUGAACGAAGAUCAGAUGAGGUGAGCAUUAAGAAAGCAAUGCCUGCAAGGACCUCUCCUGAUGAAAGUGAAUUUCGGCGAUUCCCAGGUAAAAAUGAGAGUUUACCAUAUCCAUCAUCACAUGGCUCAUCACCCAAGAUGACACAACACAAGCUGUCUUCUGAUGAACCUCCUGAAAAGAAAAGCAGGGUUGAUGAAGCGUAUGAACGUGAGAGAGAGAUGGAACGUCUGAAGUACGAAAAGGAGGAGGAAUAUCUGCAGGUGCAAAAGCAAAAGCAGCGGAUGUCAAUGUUUAAGAAACUGGAGAAUGAAAUGAGUGGCACCUUUCACAAGCAACAAAAAACUCCAGAAGGGUCAGAAAGACGUGGAAAUCUUAGUAGAGAGGAGGAAAAAAUGGAAAAUAGGAGUGAAAGUGGAAGGGACAUGGUGAAACACCGUUCUCAGGAGCCAUCAACAAGUACAGCAAAGGAAAUAAACCAUUCUUUUGAGGCAGAAAAUUCUCGCAGUGGCUCCUCCUCAGACCAUGGAUCUCCCCGUAGCCAGGUUAUCAAAUCCCAAUCCCUUUUGGCUCCAAGAUCUCCAAGACCUUCCAGGUCACCUUUACCAGCAGCAAGAUACAAAGAGAACUCCCCCACUUCAGAUGAAAAAAGGGAGAGUGCAAACUCACACUCCACAAACUUUACACCAACUCAGUUUCAGGCAUAUUUGUCACAGUUCAACUUUGACCCAUCGGCAGGACAGUUACCAUACAGUGCUCAUCAGAUGUUAAUCAGCCAACAGCUCCCACUUCCUCCAGGAAUGGUUAUGAGCAUGCCAAUAAGCAGCAAUGGGGAAUCAAGUGCUGUGAUGUCAUCAAGUAGAGAGCGUGACACAAGAAGUCCCUAUCAAGUAGCAGAGAGGGAUCGUUCUUCUACACCCACGCUUCACUCCAGCUCCCAAGCUCGUAUGUCAACCACAGAUACUCAUGAAAGACUGCAAAAACUCAAAGAAAGUACUGAAAAGGAAGCUCGCCAUUCAUCAGUUCCCUCCAAAGAUGACAGAGUCAGAAAUCGUGGCACAUCAAGUGAGCAAAAGAUAUCGCCAAAGGCUAGCUCCAGGUUAUCUGAUUUUAAAGGGGAGAGCAACACUUUGCAUAAUCACCCAAGCAUAAUUGCAAACAACCUAGCAAUCAGUAGAAUGGCAGGUCAUGUGGAUGUACUCACAGAGGAGGAGAUUAUGAGACAAAGGCUUGCGGCAGAUCACAUGGGCUUCUAUAGUAUCAUUGGGCAGUUUGACCCAGCCUUUGCUCCCUCCAUGAUACAGUCAUCUCCACAACACAUGAGCAGAGGCGUGGAACAUUAUAUGAAAAAAAGGCAUUGAGUUCCAUCAAGUUGGAUCAGCAAGUUGUGCAGAGUAUCACUCUAUUUCACUCUACAGCUAGAAAUUUAUGUACAGUUAUAAGUUGAGUUUUUCAAAUUUUAGUACAAUGCUUAGUUUUGUUCCUUUUCUGUUUGCUAUGUAAACAUAUCAGUAAUAACUGCAUAAACUUGACAAAUUUCCCUAUUUUUAAAAAUGCUUUCUAAAGUAUGCUUUUGACAUGGACUUAACACACAGAACAGUGGCUCUCCGAUGUUCAUGUUUUCUCUUCUCUUUUCUUUCUUCCUUUCUUUCUUUCUUUCUUUCUUUUCUGAUGUGAAAAUUUCAGCAAAUUUUCCACUUGCCUCAAAAUUCAAAUUUUAAAAUAGUGUGAUUCCAAGUGACAAAGUCAUGUAAAAGUCAUGAAUUUAAAUUGCAAAUUUCUUAACCACAUGCUCUAAGAGCUGUAAAUGUACUAUCCAUUCAAAUUGGUAAUUUACCUUUUGCAGCAUUUUUAUACAUGCACGCCACUUGAUUUACAUCUCAAUAGCACUUUCACAGCCUUUGUAACCAUUUAAACUUUUCUUUAAGAGAAAAAAAAGUAGGUACGUUAUUUUUUAAAGAUUGUAACUUUUGUACUGAACUUGUACAUCAUGGUAAUUUUCAGUGGUUAGUGUUACUUUUUCAAUACUCUUCUGUGAAGCGCUUACUUACAUUUGCAAUAAUUUAAAAAAUAAAGUCUUUGUGCUCUUUGGUAAUGGUAAAUUUAAGUAAUGGUGAAAGCUAUUUUUGUAAUAAUAGGUAUUUUUGGUAAAUCAAUGUUUCCAACAUAAUUGUACAGUAGUGUUUUUGAGUGGAUUAUAGUGUCAUGUGAAAACAUGAUAAAUGUAUAAAUAAAAUUGGUAGAAAAUUAGAAUCAACAA